UCGAACCCAAACGGUGACAAAUAAUGCGCGUUUUAAUGGGAAAUGCCGGUUUAGGAGCAGACUGUUACUGGCCGUGCUGUCGCUCAGGACGCUCUCGUGCUGCAAUGCACGCGCUGCUGUGCGGAAAAAUGCGAUUGUUCCAGACUACGUUGAUAUAUUUUAGAAAGGCCGCUGCCCUGGCUAAUAUUAGGCGUUUAUUCAGCUUUCGCUGUCAUGUGAGGUGGGCUAAAUGUGCGGGAACGCGUUAUUCGCGUUGACCUUUUUUUUUUUUUUUACGCUUGUUUAGCUUUAGACGAACCCGCCAGCAUUCCUGCUGCUCUCCAUUCACAAGGAAACCUCGACAACCAGGCGUGUGAGCCAGCUAACAAACCCAACAUGCGUCUUUUAAAAGUCUUUUUUUGUUGUUGUUGUUGUUGUUGUUGCGCCGAAUAAUGACGGCAGCGGUGAAAAUGUGUUUACUCGGCGUCGUGCUGCGUCAUCAGCAGCCUGGUUCCGCUCGGUUGUUCCACAAUGGAGCCAGUGUUAAUGCGGCCGCCAUGCUGCCUGACUCAUGCAGUCCACACACGGAGGGAAAAUGCGCUUUCGUUUGGAGGAAGACGUGUAUUUCUUUGUCAAGUUGUAACUUACUAGAGGCGAAACCAGAAAAUAGAAAUGCCCCGCUCUCUGGUUUCAUGUUCCGCUUUGCCCUUUGAUUUACUGCCCACCAUAAAAGGUUGUUUGGAGAGAGGGGGGGGAAAGAGAGAAGAAAACGGGCCUGUUUAGCCAUCUGUUUUGGUAUAAAUUGGGGUUUUGUACAUUGAAGGCAAUGCUUAAAGCAUAAUCACAAUUUGGUGCCAUAAAAGUGGUUAUUACUGUGAAUCCAGGCAGACUUGAUAAACACCGGCCUUCCUGAACUCCAGCCGCUCUGAGUGUGACUCAUAGCUGUGGGGGAGAUCAGUCUGCUUUUAAAUAAAGAGACCAGCGUACAUUAAAUCUUUCAAAUCUGAUCUCUUUCUAAAACAAAAAGAAAAUCUCCACAGCUUUGUUGUAUCUAAUUUGACUGUAUCUGUGGGACUUUCAAAGCGCUAUGGACAAGAGCCACACAGUGAAGCUUUUUGUGGGAAACCUGGCUCUGGACACCACCCAGGAAGAGCUGUCAGCCAUUUUUGAACCGUACGGCCAGGUUGUCAGCUGCAGCGUGCUGCGACAGUUCGCCUUUGUUCACCUGCAGGGCGAGGGGGCGGCCGAUCGAGCCGUCCGGGAGCUCAAUGGGAGAGAGUUUCGAGGACGGAAUCUGGUGGUGGAGGAGUCGAGGGGGAGGCCGUUGCACUCCACAAAAGUGUUUGUGGGUAAUCUGAGUGGGAUGUGCACCACUGAAGACCUUAAGCAGCUGUUCCAGACAUUCGGGAAAGUCCUUGAGUGUGACAAAGUCAAAGGCUAUGCCUUCGUUCACAUGGAAAACAAGGAAGACGCUCUUCAGGCCAUUGAGGCUUUGCACGGUACUUCGUUUAAGGGCCGGCCACUGUCUGUAGAGCUAUCCAAGGUCCAACCCAGCAAGCAGACACCCACAGGGAAAAUCCCAUGUGUUAACUGCGGGAAGCAGGGCCAUUAUGCUGGAGAAUGUCCUGUGGGCAAGCCGUCUUUAGAGCAGUACCAGAGCCAGGCAGCAGUCCUGGCCGCUGCUGCCGCCGCAGCAGCCGGCCUGCCUCUGCAAGUUCAACAGAGCGUGCACAAUUCAGUCUACAACACGUCCACCUUUGACCCCACGUAUGCAGCUCUCACGGGAAUCACCACUGGCACACGUACUGAUGGAAACCCGGUGAAUCCAGCUGUCUACGGCGCCCUUGCCAGCCAGGUAUAUGGUGCUAAUGUGGCCAACCAGCUCUAUGGGACCGUGGCGAGCCAGGCAGCUCUUACAUCAGGCGCCACACAGGUGUACAGCUCAGUGACGCCCAAUAUCUAUGGCCAGGUGGCUGCAUCUCCAGCUGCUGCUGCUGCCGCUGCAGCGGCGGCUGCCGCUUACACAACUCCAGUUUACACCCCGACUGUAGCCAACCACCCUGUGUACCUGGCAGCAGCUCCUGGAAUAGAGAUGCCAGCAGCAGCAGCUACAGUGAACCCUGCUUACUCUGUAGCUCCUGCGAUUUAUGGUGCUGCCACCCCAGCCUACGCUCACAUCACCGCCAUGGGAGCAGCAGAUCCAGCCUCAGCCCUGUUUGAGGCUGCAAGGCAGGCUCACUACUUUGCCCAAGGCCAGCAGGUUGUGGCUGAUCAGCAGUCAGCUGCUGUGGCAGCCGCUGUGGCCAAGUCAGGAGAGAGAGACCGUAGUCCUUUACGCAGGUCAGCACCACUUCUGCCAGACCCGGUGAUGAAGCCAUUCAUAUACCAGCGGGCCAAGCCACGCAGACCCUUGCUUCCGACACCAGCUGGCCGUGCAGCAGAAGAGGCGGUAGAGGCACCGGAAGACCCGAUGGCCAGGUACUACGCCGAGUACUACCAGCAGUUGCAGCAGUACCCUCAGUUCCAGUAUGCCUACCCAUCGAACACAGUGGCAGCCAUUGCUGGCAUGCCUGGAGUCACGGGAGUCUCCGCGAUGUCUGCCCAGCCAGUCGCUACGCUGGAAGCCCUCAGGCCAGUGGUCCCCACUGCUGCUGCAGUGGCAGCUGCCAUGGCUGCGCCCAGGGUGUAUGAGCCGCCGUUGCCGCCGCCUACGCGCAAGGAGGCCAUCCUCCACCGCCCCGAACUCUCCCUUCACACGCCUGAGCCCCCCUUCCGAUAGUUGCACUCAACUGUCUGCCCCCGCCCCCUCUCCCUCUUUGCCCUGAUCCCUCACCCCUACAUACCUUUUCCACUCAAAACUUGACCACCUCUGUGUGUAUGUGAGUGUGUGUGUUUGUGUGCCUGGGGACUGGCUGGGGGAUUUAAAACUGAGGGCUGAUGGGCUUAAUAACUUGCUUUACGACGGGGCUGAUCGGCUAACCUUGGUCCAGUUUGCAUGACCACAGUGCAGCUUUGAAGACAGGCCUUCAUCUAUUUUUAUGGGCAUUCUGUGUGCUUUUCUGUUUUAACUUAUUGUGCCAGUCUCACACUUGUGCCAGUAUUAGACUGACUGAGUCAGUCGUUUCUUUUGCCUUUAUUUCUGCAACCCAGUUAUGAUUUUCUAGGGCCAAAUCUCCAGUAAUUUACAUCAGCCAUUCUACUUAGGCCUAGAUGAUCAGGUAGGGCAGCUAAUUUGAAACCUUUUUUGCCUUAUGUUGAUGAGUAUCAAUUUGUAAUGUUCUUAGAUGAAAUGUACACUUGUUGUGUACCAGCUGCAUUGUACUGUGUCCAACAGAACCAAGGUUAAAGUAUUUUGGGGAGAUUGUUUGUCCUGGAUGCGAUAUGGAUGUUGUACGUGUGAUUGCGUGAGACGUGCGGGCUCUUGAUUUUGCAGCGCACAAACACAGCGGCAGCAGCUAAGUCUGCGCUUUGCAGAGAAAAAAAAACAAUAAACGUAAAGCACACAUAGACGUACUGUAAUGUUUAUUCGUAUCUAUCCUCGCCCCCUUCUCUGAAUCUCAUCCUCACCUUUAAACUACGACACUGAAAGACACUGCUUCACCUUUUCCUCUUCCCAACUACAGCUGCCUACCUCUUAUUGUAAAUUUCAUUGUAGAUUUUACUCUGUUCUGUACGUCUCCACACAUUUCACCCUAUCAGCAAUUGCAGCUCCAUGUAAAGCUACAUCAGUUCAAAGUCUGGGUAGCUGGAUUUUUUUUUUUUUUUUAAUUUUAUGUAUUGUAUUUGGUCCUCUUUCAUGUUCAGAGGCCUUUUUAAAACACAGAAAAAAGUGUAAAUAGUUUGUUUCCAACAUUAUAGUUUACAUGUGAUAUAAGUCAACCUAUGGGAUGUGAUGAAUAUUCAAUGGGAAAAACAAUGCGCAACUACUGAACAGGUUUACAGAAGAUCUUUGGAUUGCAUCCUUUUAGAAACUAUUAUAUGUGACAAGGUCAGUCAUGUGCCUCAAAGCCUUUAGUGAAGUGCAUUAAGUGGAGGGAUCUCCCAUUUUAAGUGCUUUUUAAAAAAAAAAAUCAUUUCAACUAAAGCAACAGGAGCCUCAAAGCUCAGAAUCCAGAGGGCUACAAGUGGUAAAGCUUCCACGCCUCCUAAUGGGUCUGUUUAUUGCAAACGUUUUUUUUUUUUUAGAAAAGCCACAAAGUGAGCCUUAGAGGUUCAUUAUAUAAGCCUUUGGUUUUAAGCAGAAACAGCAGUGAUAGCACCAACGAAGUGAGAGAUGGGGCAGUGUCUUCCAGUGGCCCCAAAAUAUCCACCAUUUCUCCAUCAAACGCCAGAUCUGCUUUAGAUUCUGAUCCCAAAAAGCAUAUUUGAGAAUGUUUUUAGUUUACUUGUCAAGUCCUCUGCAGUUCCUUGCAAAAAGAAGCAUUUCUACCUUUUGCGAUCUUGUCACUUUACAACCAUGAGUGUUGAUGUAUUAACUGAAAAUGAGCUGAUAAAUUUCAGCACAUAAUUGUGAAGUAGAAUGAAGAGACUUCAUGGCUUUCAAAUUUUUAGCCACAGAUGCUCAGUUAAAUGUUGGUCGGGUCAGUGUGAGACAUAAAUAUGCUUUGAUCUAGUGUUCUACGAUUGCCCUGUGUUUAGCUCCAUUCAUCCUUCUGUCAACUCUAAUUAGCUUCCCUGUCUUGACUGGAGAAAAGCAUGGCCACAGCAUGAUGCUGACACCACCAUGUUACACUGUGAGAAUGGUGUGUUCAGGGUGAUGUACUUUCGUUUAGUAUUUUUCCCCAUGCACAGCAUUUUGCAUAUAGGCCAAAAUCGGACAUUUUGGUCUCGUAUGAACGGAGCACCUUCCUCCUCGUGUUUGCUGUGUUCCUUGCAUGGCUUCUUACAAACUGCAAACUGGACUCAUUAUGGCUAUCUUUUUGACCUUCUUCCCUAUAGAACAGUUUUUUCUAAUAGUUGUUUUAUCAACAGAUUUUCCCACCUGAGCUGUGGCUCUCUGCAGCUCCUCCACAAUAACCAAUGAGCCUCUUGGCUGCUUGCUGAUCGGUGCUCUCCUUGUCUGGCAGUUUAGGUAGGCAGGUUUUGCAGUCGUGUUAUAUUCUUUUUACAGAGAAGCUGUGUCUAUGAUGGGAUUAAAUCAAACCAGUGAUUUAAUCACUGGUCUGGUUUGAUUAAAUCAAACCAGACUUCUGCGCUGGAUUUUAUGAAGAGUUAUGAAAGAGAAUGUGGUUGAAUAUAGAGGUGUCCUGAUUCCAUACUGAUAUGUACCAAAAGUCCUCCACCCAAACCUGUUGGUUAAUAAUAAAUGGGUCAGUUGUUCUCAUAUCAAUUGUUAAUGACUAUUGUUCUCUGAGUAACAUCACUUGAUCAAACCUUUUCUAACAUUCCUAACGUAGGUUUGAUUUGUGCUGAUAUCGUAUCGUGUCAGUACCCGUAUCAGCCAAUACUCAAAGCUGCAAUAUCGGUAUUGUGUUGGAAGUAAAAAAAAAAAAAAAAAACUUUAGCAGGACACCUCUGGUUGAUUACAAAUGUUCAAAUUUUUAUCUUUACACAAAUCCUGUCCUUCCACUUUACAAAUUAUGUUCUACGUUGCGUUGAUCUAUCACAGAAAACCCCAAUAAAUUACACUGAAGUUAGUGGUUGAAAGUGACAAAAUGUGAAAACGUUUUAGUGGCAUGCAGUAUGUUUGCAAGGCACUGUAGAGAGGGUUUAUGAAUUAUUUGGAUACUGAUUUAUUAUAUUUUUAUUUUUCAUUUUUUUCUAAAUCUGGAAUUGGAUUUCUUGAUGCGUUUCACAUUGAUGCCAAAGUCCAGAGUGGCGACUUCCAUCCAUUUACAAUCAGCCCUUUUGUUUUGCAGCUAGUAUUUGACCGCAGACCAAUGCACAAACAGAAAAGACCUGAAAUCACCCGACUGCCUCAUUGUUUCCCCGCUUCCCCGCUCCUUCUGUGGUUUUUAGUGGUUAUAAGUGACUUUUGCAUCUCAGAGUGUAAUCUUUCCGUGUCGUAUAUACAAACACAUACCGGUUGCAUCCUUUGUAGAAUUAUGUGGUUUGCAAAAUGUUUUGUUUGCCAUGUAUUUUUUUUAGAACAGUAUUUUUAAUUUAGCCUUUUUUAUAUAUAGAACAGUGAACAAAAAUCAGCAUGCCUUUUAUUGAGAAAAUGUAUACUUUAAACCUUAUACUGAUAAUAAAGAAUGUUUGGCUGAC